UCGGGAUAAAAACGCUCCUCUGCUCUACGCCGUGUAUUUAUUUGGAUCCUUAUUCUCUGCGGGAUUUUUCUAACACACUGACAUAACAAGAUUAUAAGCAGAAUUUUUUUUAACAAUAGUCAAAGUGAGCAAAGAGCAAAGCGUUUUUAUUUUUCCUAAGAAAUCCAGAGGCGCUAUCACAUUCCGCAGAUCACCCUUCUGUCUUCGUGAUCUCAUAGUGUGGGAAUGGGACAUGAUGGAGGAUAAAGGGCCCCGUGUCGCCGACUACUUUGUGGUUGCUGGCCUCACCGAUUCAUUCAAGCCCCUGGAGGAGGACCUGCACUUUGAUGAUGCCUGCACCAAGUCUGUUAAACCCAAAGCCCCUAUUACUGACGUUGCUGUAGUGAUACGGUCCCUCGGCGAAGAGGUGCCCUCGGGCUUCACCUGUGUGGAGAGCACGCCCUCAGGCCUCUCAGCAGAGCUUAAUGGAGCCAGCCUUCGGGGCCCACAGAUCUUCUUGUGCUACAAGAGAGGCAGAGAUAAGCCUCCACUAACAGAUCUCGGUGUUCUGUAUGAGUGGAAAGAGAAGCUGAAGCCUGGAUGCCACAUCGUUCAGACCACGCCCUCAGGCCGCCCCGCCAACAUCAGCAGCUCGUCCUCCCAACGCAUCUACGUCACGUACCGGCGCGCCCCGAAGAGCCAGCCUCACACCUCCCUGGCUGUCACCGACAUCUGCGUCAUUGUACCUGGCAAGGGAGAGACGCCUCCUCACACCUUCUGCAAGGUGGACAAGAACCUCAACAGCAGCAUGUGGGGAUCUUCGGUCUACCUUUGCUAUAAGAAGUCUCUUGCUAAAGCUAACACAAUUGCAUACAAAGCAGGUUUGUUGUGCAGGUAUCCUGAAGAGGACUAUGAGUCUUUCCCACUGCCUGAGUCUGUCCCCAUGUUUUGCCUGCCCAUGGGGGCUAUGAUUGAGUGUUGGCCAGCUCACACCAAACACUCUCUGCCUGUUUUUUCCACAUUUGUACUGACGGGUGCUUCUGGGGAGAAGGUGUACGGAGCAGCUAUCCAGUUCUAUGAGCCUUACCCAGAGGAGAACCUUUCGGAGUGUCAGCGCUCACAACUCGGCCUGCCGAGCUGUCAUCUUGGAUCUGACAGCAGCAGAAAUGUUUACAACAAUAAGAGCAUCUGCUUACUCUCACACUGGCCCUUCUUCCAGUCCUUCAAGAGCUUUCUCACUUUCCUCUACAGAUAUUCCAUCUCUGGGCCGCAUGCACUGCCAAUUGAAAAGCACAUAUCUCACUUCAUGAAAAAUGUUCCAUUUCCCUCCAUCCAGAGGCCAAGAAUCCUUGUCCAGUUGUCACCACAUGACAGCUUGAUUCUGAGCCAACCAGUGUCCUCUCCACUGCCUCUUAGCGGUGGGAGUCUCUCCACACUCCUGCUGAAUUUGGGGCCUAAAAACGCAGUCACUCUGCUCGUGCUGGCCGUCACUGAGCACAAGAUCCUGGUUCAUUCCUUACGUCCAGCUGUUCUCACCAGUGUCACUGAGGCUCUUGUGUCUAUGAUCUUUCCUUUCCACUGGCCUUGUCCCUAUAUCCCCCUGUGUCCGCUGGCCCUGGCAGAUGUUCUUAGCGCACCCUGCCCGUUUAUCGUGGGUUUGGAUUCCCGAUACUUUGACCUUUAUGUGCCUCCUGCUGAUAUCAGCUGUGUUGAUUUGGACACCAACACCAUCUCCCAAAAAGACGAAAAGAAGGCUCUAACAUGGAAAAUUUUACCCAGGAGAGCCUGUAAACAUCUUCUGAACAGCCUGAAUAAGCUCUAUCAGCAGCUCACAGAGGGUUGCCAGUUAAACCGUGAUGAUGUGCAGAUGGACCACACCAUGACUGACAGUGAGCUUUACGGAGGAAAGAGCCUCCACACUCUUGAGCUGGAGAUCCAAGAAGCUUUCCUCCGCUUCAUGGCAGCCAUCCUUCGAGGCUAUCGCUCCUGCUUGCAGCCCAUCACCCAAGCUCCCUCUGAGAAAACAACGGAUGUCACCUCCCUGUUUGACCUCCAAGGCUUCCUGAAGAGCAGAGACCGCUCCCAUCAGAGGUUUUAUUCCCUCAUGACGAAGACUCAGAUGUUCAGUCGCUUCAUUGAAGAGUGCUCCUUUGUCAGUGAUAAAGAUGCCAGCCUGGCUUUCUUUGAUGAGUGUGUUGAUAAGUUAUUCACCUCUGGUUGCAAGAUGGAUAGCGAGCGGCCAGAGGACACCAGGAUGAUUGAGCUGGAUGAAUCCCACCGCAGUGAGCACACAGUUUAUAUCAACCCUCCAGAACUGCCUCCUCUGCCUCAAGGAGAAGAACAUCCUCUGUGCUAUAGCUACUCCGGGUUUCCGGUGCUGAGAUCUGAUCUUUUGGAGACCAUGGAAGGACCAAAUUCUAACUUAGCAGGCAUUGCUCCACGCCACAGCACCCCAGCCAGCCCCACGGCGAUCUUUAGACGUUCAAAACAGGAGAUCAAAUCCGCUCAGAAGAUGGCCAAAACACACUCAUCUAUGCCUCAGAUGUGGUCUAAGUGUUUGCUUCGGCACUGCUACGGCUUAUGGUUUAUUUGCCUGCCAGGGUUUGUGGAAAACUGUCACUCCAAGGUGCGAGCAUUGCGGACCGCUUACGAUGUCUUAAGAAAGAUGCAAGACAAGAAGCUGCAGGCUCCUGAUGAGGUGUGUUACCGUGUGUUGCUGCAGUUGUGCGGUCAGUACAGUCAGCCAGUGUUGGCCGUCAGGGUGCUGUUUGAGAUGAAGAAGGCAGGAGUUCAGCCCAAUGCUAUAACUUAUGGAUACUAUAACAAGGCGGUGCUAGAGAGCACCUGGCCCUCCACUACCAGAGGAGGAUAUUUCUUGUGGGGGAAACUGAGGAACGUGAUACUCGGUGUGCUUCAGUUCAAGCAGGCAGGAAAAAAGCAACACACUCCACACAAAGACCCCCAGCUUUCAGAUGGCAGUGAUCUUGACACAGUCAGCCAUGGCAGCUUAGACAGCACUAAUGACUCUGCGGAACGCACGUCCAUCGAUACUGACUUCACUAAAAUGGACUCCAGCGAUGAUGGAUUGAGUACAGGUGGACAGUCUGAUCAAGGCUACGAUUCCUUGUCAAAGGAGGAGGAGAGGCUGUGCAACAGAGAAAGCGAUAACUCGGCACCAGUGGAGGAAAAAGGGUUGAGGCAGCCCAACUGUGGCACCAGAGUUGCUUCCAGCCCUAAUGAGACUCUGCUUUGCCCGGCGCUGCCAAAGACAGAGAGGCCCAAAUCUUUGGACUUGUCUGGUGGACAGGGAUUAGUGAUGCUCACCGUCCCCCUAGUUUGUUCAACCAAACAGCUUCAUCUUAAUGCUGACAGAUUGCAUGGUGUGGAAGAAGAGGAUACAGAGACUGACAAGCAAAAAUCAGUCGGGGAGAGACAGAGAGAUAGAGAAACGGGGUAUGAUCCCUUGUCACAGAUGGGGGCAGCAGGAUCAGAACAGCCGUGUGACCUGGGUAAGGGUAACUCACCUCCUGCCGAAGAGACUGAAAUGUUCAUAAAUAACAGCAACAGCCCUUUGAACAGCCGCUCACCCAAUAUGGAACGGCAGAGUUCCUGUAGUCCACUGUUUCGCUCCAGCUCGUCAGCUCAGACAUCCCCACAGUCGUCCACACUCACCUGCUCCAACACACACCUCUCACUGCCCUUGAAAUCCAAGGAGAGGUUGAAGCCUUCGCCAUCUCUUCCUAUGGGCAUGUGUAACAAAGACAAGGAAAGACCUUCUUCCUUGGCUUUGCCCUCCUCGCCCAGUCCCUCCACCUCGUCAUUCUCCAUGGACUCACUGCUGACUCCGACUUUGGAUAUCUUCAAGAGCAGCGUCAUAUCCGCAGGAAAGGGUGUGGCGGAGAAGGCCAGUCGCCUCUACUCCCGUUUGUCAUCACAGACAUCAUUGACACAGGACGGAAACAGUGAUCGUAUGAGCGUUUCUUCUCUGACCUCAGCCGAGGUAGAAUGCUCCUCGCUGCCGGAUAGCGACGCCUGCCUGGAUCCUCAUGGCUUCACUUCACCUCAGCAUGGGAACAUGUCCCGGGUCAGGAGGAGCCCUGCCACAGCUCAGAAAACCAACCUGAGCAGCCCCAGCAGCCCCACAAGAGUGUUCAGACAUAACUCCUUCUCUGGUGGUUUAGCUCUUCAUUCUAAAGGCCCACGGACUCCAGAUUCUUCUCCUGAUGUCAGCCGCUUCCAGCCCAGUCCUAAUUACACCAUAGAGGUGAUGAUGUCUAGCUGCUCACUUUGUAAAACAUGUGACUGUCUGGUGUAUGAUGAAGAGAUCAUGGCCGGUUGGACAGCAGAUGACUCAAACCUCAACAGCACCUGUCCUUUCUGUGGCACUGCCUUCCUGCCUUUCCUCAAUGUGGAAAUCAAAGACCUGAGACCACAGAAUAGGUCAUCUAAGUGGAGUAAUCCUGUUAAAGAGGAGGACACGUCUGCACUGCUCAGCCCCGAAGCCAAAUUGUCUGAGGCAGCUCAGCCAUCUGCGUCUCCUGCUCUGGAGCAGAAGAGCAGCUGGAGUGUUUGCAAUGACGCCCCAGCCUUGGCACAAGCAUCAUCUCCUGAUCCAGUGACAGUGCCGUACCUGAGCCCCCUGGUUCUCUGGAAGGAGCUGGAGAGCCUACUGGUGAACGAGGGAGACCAGGCCAUCUCCUCCCCGAGCGUCGUUGACCAACAUCCCAUUGUCUUCUGGAACCUUGUGUGGUACUUCAGAAGACUGGAGUUGCCCAGUAACCUGCCUGCUCUUAUCCUGGCUUCCCAACAUUGUAGCGAUGGUGACCAGAUUCCCCAGACUGCUUCAUCUGAGGACAGCAAGCAGGUGCUGGUGAGGAUUAUGUGGGACAACCUGAAGCUGCACAAAGAUAAAGUUCAACCCUGCUAUGUCCUGUGGAACACACACUGUGGCAACUCUUUGAUCCGCUCUGGGUUAUGCGAAGAAGGGCAACUCUUCACUGUGGAGCUGCUGCAAGGCUUUGUGAGGAGCAUCAAGAAGAGCGACGUCUAUCAGCCCAUGAGCCAGAUCAUCCAGCUGCUGGGGCCCGAGUUGGGUUUCAAGAGACAGAGGAGCCUCUAUAGAGAUUUACUGUUUCUAACUCUUGUGGCUUUGGGGAAGAACAACAUAAAUAUCAAUGCCUUUGAUCGGGAGUACAGGUUGGCCUAUGAUCGCCUCUCCCCCAACCAAGUUAAACUGACACAUAACUGUGACAGGCCUCCGGGCGCUGGGGUCAUGGAGUGCAGGAGGACGUUUGGAGAGCCCAGUUUGUGAACGUCAUAAUUAUUUAAAUGUGUAUAUACAGUAUUUAUAUA